GAGAUGCCCGGGUCUUUCCACUCGCAGCGCAGCAGCGGCAGCAGCUACUGUACCCUAGCUGCUCUAUACAGUCCUGCCCGGCCGGUCCCCGCGGCGCCACACGCCCCGAGAACCAAUCACGGGCACUCCUACCCGCUCUUUUAAGCCAACCACCACCACGACCACUUGCACCACCCGUCCACCCGCCCCGCCCCACCGCACCGGCCGUAGUUUUACCAGGCAAAACUCACGUCCCCUUCCCUCUCCCCUUCCGGCGGUCCGGCCGACGAUACGAGUACAGACCUCUCGCGCUGCGGCCGGCCCUAUUCGAUCCGACGCCCACCGGCCAUAGACGGGUUGUCGGUCCAACAUGAGGCGGUUCUUGCCAGCCGGAGGCGGUGGGGAGCCCUUCUCCUCCUCCUCCUCGUCGGGCGGGAGGCAGCAUCACGGAGAGCGGGCGGGCGACAGGGCUGCAGGCCUGCGGUACGACGGAGGCGACAUCUCGCUGGGGUACGCGCACGACGGCCGUCGUCACCUUGCCGGCGAAGCGCCGGAUAGGCAGGACGGAUCGAUGGACAUGCUGGCCCGGCACAGCAGCUCGCCGGCCGGGUUCUUCUCCAACCUCAUGGCGGACAACGGGUAUCCAAGCUCAAAAGCGGGAGGCAGUGGCGCCGAAGCCCAUCAUCCUUCCACGGCCAACACAGGCAACGACGCUAGGAAGAUGAAGCCGUCCCAGCUCAACUUCACCAGGCCGCAGCAGGGCACCGUGGGCCACCUCUCGCAGAUCUCCGAGGACGGCGCCUUCCCGCCCGGUCAGCUGAUCGGCGACCGCGCGGGUCGCUCCGGUGAGAGCAGCGGCGCGUCGCGGUCCUUCUCCGGCGGGUUCUCCAUCGUCGGGCCGUGGGACGAGUCCAGGGACAUCAUUGCCACCCUCGGCACGUACGACUCGCAGUCUCAGCUUAGCGGCGCCAUGGCGAACACGGCCCUGGAGAUGGCGGGCAUGGACAGGUACCUGCAGCUGCAGCAAGACCAGGUGCCGUUCAAAGUCCGAGCCAAGCGCGGGUGCGCCACGCACCCCAGGAGCAUCGCCGAGAGGGAACGGAGGACGAGGAUCAGCGAGAAGCUCAGGAAGCUGCAGGAGCUAGUGCCCAACAUGGACAAGCAAACGAGCACGGCGGACAUGUUGGACCUGGCAGUUGAGCACAUAAAGGGCCUGCAGAGCGAACUGCAGUUUCUUUCGGCAGACUCUGAAGCACGAACAGGAGAAGUGUACCUGCUGCAGAAAGCGUUGAUCUAUAGUAGAAUGGAGGCAGGGAACCAAGAACUGAAAGGCGUACGUCAAUCCUUAACAAUUUAUGUAACCGCCGGGCGCCGGGUGAUACCUUUCCAUGUGAAGAUUGUACAUGGAUGAUGCUAUGGAUAACAUCUUCAUCGAUCG